AUGGGCGUGAUGGGCGCGGCGGGCGCGAUGCGGCGCUCGCACGCGGCCGCGCUCGGCGCUCUAGGCGCGCUGCUGCUGCUGCUGCUAGCGCGCCACGCGCCCGCGCCCCCGCCGCGCCGCCCGCGCCCCCUGCCCCCGCCCGCGCCCCCUGCCCCGGCGCCCCUCCGCACUGCGCCCAACACCACCACCGCGCCGCCAGCGCCCCCCGCGCCCCCCGCGCCCCACGUAGCGCAGCCGGCCCCCACGCCAGCGCCCCCCCGCGACCCGCGCAUCGUCCUCACCCGCGACGUGUACGUGGCCGGCCACGAGCGCCCCCACCCCGAGCUGUGCCCGGCGCUGGGGGCGCGCUUGCAGCUCCUAGUGCUCAUCACGUCGGCGCCCUCGCACGCUAGCGCUAGGGACGCGGUGCGGCUCACGUGGGGCCACUACGCGGCGCGUAGCGACGUAGCCCUCGCUUUCGUACUGGGCGCCCCGCCCGCCGCGCUACGGCCCGCCAUCGAGGCGGAGGACGCCCUCUACGGGGACCUCAUAGUGGGCCGCUCGAUAGACUCCUACUCGAACCUCACGCUGAAGACCCUGUCGAUGCUCGAAUGGGCGGACACUUACUGCCCGCGCGCCCCUCGCCUGUUGAAGACCGACGACGACAUGUUCAUAAACGUGCCGCGGCUGCUGCGCUUUGCCCUUGCGCCGGGAAGGGUGAACGCGACUCGCACGAUCUGGGGCAAGGUGGUGCGCAAGUCGCUGCCCAAGCGCACCACCAAGUCGAAGUACUACGUGUCCCCGCUGCAGUUCCCCGGGAAGGUGUUUCCCGACUUCGCGACGGGCCCCGCUUACCUGGUGUCCGGGGAUUGCGUGCGGCCCCUAUUGGCCGCCGCCGGCGGAGAGCGCUACCUCCGUCUGGAGGAUGUGUUCGUGACCGGAGUGCUGGCCGCACGCCUCCACUUCGCGCGGCAGCACUCGCCCGAGUUCUACAACCGGAAGGUGGCGCCGCACCCCUGCGCGGUGCAGCGUGGCAUCGCCAUCCACAUGGUGCGCUACCACGAGCAGUUCGACCUCUGGCGGAAACUCCUCGACGGGAAGACCAAGUGCGCCAGC